AUGGCAACCGUUGGCUUGAUCUCGUCCUGCACUCGUUCCUUGGUGCCUUUGCUUAGGCCAGGAGUUCCAAAGAUGAGCCCGUUCCAGUUGCACACCACUGCUGGGUGUGCUUCCAAGGAUUACUACGAAGUGCUCGUGUUAGGCGGAGGUACCGGCGGGAUCACCAUGAGCGCCCGGAUGAAGCGGAAAGUGGGAGCUGGAAAUGUGGCCAUUGUAGAGCCACAAGAGAAACACUAUUAUCAGCCGAUCUGGACUUUGGUUGGGGCGGGGGCCAAGCAGCUGGCAACCUCUUCACGCACGACAGCAAGUGUGGUUCCUCCUGGCGUCAAGUGGAUCCAGUCCAGAGUUCAAAAGCUGGAUCCAGACAAGAACUGCAUCUACUUGGAGAACAACCAAAAAAUAUCUUACAAGUAUUUGAUUGUUGCUCUCGGGCUCCAGCUGCACUAUGAAAAGAUCAAAGGCUUGCCUGAAGGUUUUAAAUACCCUAAAAUAGGUUCCAAUUAUUCCAUUCAAACAGUGGAGAAAACGUGGAAAGCCCUGCAAGACUUUGAGGAAGGAAAUGCCAUUUUCACCUUUCCAAACACUCCGGUGAAAUGCGCAGGCGCACCUCAAAAGAUCAUGUACCUGUCAGAGGCGUACUUCAGAAAGACUGGAAAACGGCCCAAAGCCAACAUAAUCUUCAACACGGCGCUCAGUGCAAUAUUUGGGGUGCAAAAGUAUGCCGACGCUCUGCUCGAGAUAAUCAAAUCAAGGAACAUUACAGUUAACUACCGACACAACCUCAUAGAGGUUCAAGCCGAUAAACGGGAAGCCGUCUUUGAGAACUUGGACAAACCCGGAGCGACGGAAGUAUAUCAGUACGGAAUGCUUCACGUGACCCCACCCAUGGGCCCCCCUGAUGUGCUCCUGAACAGUCCAGUUUCUGACACUGCCGGCUGGGUUGAUGUAGACAAGGAGACGUUGCAACAUAAAAAAUACCCAAACGUGUUUGGGAUCGGCGACUGCACUAACCUCCCUACCUCAAAGACAGCUGCAGCUAUAGCCGGCCAGUCCGGAGUGCUUGAUAAAACCCUUUCUUCUAUAAUGAAGGGUAAAACCCCAACAAAGAAGUAUGAUGGCUACACGUCCUGUCCACUGGUAACAAACUACAACAGAGCAAUCCUUGCUGAGUUUGACUACAAUUUACAGCCUUUAGAAACGUUCCCCAUUGACCAGAGCAAGGAACGAUUGACAAGCUUUCACAUGAAAGCCAACAUGAUGCCUCUUCUUUACUGGCAUGGGCUACUGAAGGGAUUUUGGGGAGGCCCUGCUCCAAUAAGGAAAUUGCUACACCUAGGGUUGAAAUAGUCUUCAUUUUCUCCUGUCUCAA